CGCAGAGGCAGCUGACGGAAGUGCCCGUGUUGUUGUGUGUCGAGAGCGGGUCUGCGGCGUUACCGUGAGAUGAGCGGCGCUACCGUGUCAUGAGCUCCGCGCGCAUCAUGGCAGCUCUACCGGGCCAGAGCGAUGAUUCCGCCGAGCCGGACGAGUCCCUGCAGCACAUGCUGAAGGCCAUCGCGGACGAGCGGAACCGCCUGAACGUCAGACAGGACCUCAGCGGACUGGGGUGCUUUAAGGAUGACCGCAUCGUGUUUUGGACGUGGAUGUUCUCCACGUACUUCAUGGAGAAAUGGGCGCCACGGCAGGAUGACAUGCUGUUCUACGUGCGCCGCAAGCUCUCGUACGUCAGCGAGGACAACACAGAAGGGAAGAAGGUGGAGGUGGAGGUCUACAGAAGAGACUCUAAAAAGCUGCCUGGUCUCGGAGAUCCGGACAUCGACUGGGAGGAGAGCGUCUAUCUCAAUCUCAUCCUGCAGAAACUGGACUAUGUGGUCACCUGCGCAGUUUGCACACGCUCAGAUGCAGGCGACAUCCACAUCCACAAAAAGAAAUCACAGCAAGUGUUCGCCUCUCCGAGCAAACAUCCAAUGGACAGCAAAGGGGAGGAGUCCAAAAUGAGCUACCCCAACAUCUUCUUCAUGAUCGACAACUUUGAGGAGGUGUUCAGUGAUAUGACUGUUGGCGAGGGGGAGAUGGUGUGUGUGGAGCUGGUGGCCAGCGAUAAAAGCAACACGUUUCAGGGCGUCAUCUUCCAGGGCUCCAUUCGCUACGAGGCCCUCAAGAAGGUCUACGACAACCGGGUGAGUGUGGCAGCUAAGAUGGCUCAGCGGAUGUCAUUUGGCUUCUACAAAUACAACAAUAUGGAAUUUGUGCGAAUGAAGGGGCCUCAGGGCAAAGGUCAUGCGGAGAUGGCUGUGAGUCGAGUGCCCACCGGAGACACCUCGCCGUGCGGCACCGAGGAGGAUCAAGACUCUCCUUUGCAUGAGAGGGUGACAUCAUUCAGCACUCCGCCGACCCCCGAGAGAAACAGACCUUCCUUCUUCUCACCGUCGCUCCGCCGGAAAGUGCCCCGAAAUCGAAUCGCCGAGAUGAAGAAGUCGCAUUCCGCAAACGACAGCGAGGAGUUCUUCCGAGAAGAGGAGGACGAAGAUAUGUGUAACGCAUCAAACCUGCGCUCCCGCUCUCUGUCAGGGACGGGUCGAUCUCUGGUGGGCUCGUGGCUCAAACUGAACAGGAAGGAGGAGUAUUUUCUGCUGUAUUCACACCUCACCUACGUGACUCUUCCUUUGCAUCGCAUCACCACAGAUAUCCUGGAGGUCAGACAAAAGCCCAUCCUGAUGACAUAGCAUCUCAGAGAACACAAAGUUACCAAGUGCCUCCUCACAUCAGGCCAUGAGGAACUGCCGCCCGCCGUCCGGACGAACGAACGAACGCAACCAAAAACAAACACUCGACAGCGGACGAGAAGAGGAGACGCCAACGACCUGCAUCAAGAAGUGCCUCUUCCAGCUGCCGGACUCCAGACCUGCGCUGCGAGAAACGGCGUUCGUACGUCGAGUUUUCAUCUCGUCUCCAGUGCAAAUAUCUAAAAACUCUCGAAUCAAGAAGGUAAGCUGAAAAAAACAGAAAUAAUACGUCAAAAUUAAGCGAGUUUUAGCUUUAAAACAGGCACAAAUGAUCCGUUUUCGCUUUAAUUAAGAUUAUUUUGCUUGUUUUAAGGAUAAAAACACUUAAUUUUGAUGUAUUAUUUCUGAAAAUAGACAAUUUUUUUCAGCUUAUCCAGAAAAAGCUUCUUGAUUUGAGAGUUCUUAGAUAUUUAGACUGGAAACGAGACGAAAACACGAAGUGCGAAAGGCGUUUCUUGCAGCGUGGAGCUAAAUCGGCGCUCCACUGUACGGUGAAAAGGGAAGCGAAACACAGUAAACCAGUGUGGUUCAUGUAAAUACACUGCUGCUUACACACUCAGUGAGACGUGCCGACCCUCACCCCUCCCUACACACACAGACAGACAGACAGACGUCUGUAGGUUUUCACGGUAUCGCUGGUGUUUCGGUGUGUGGUCUGUUUUUUUCCGAAGGAUGUUUCCUCGCAGCUCUAGGCCUUAAACACAGCGCUAACCAGCUCACACAUGACCGUCGUUGUCCUUUCUGAUCGCUGAAUGAAGACGUCCAGCGAACGUCCUCCGUGAUCUUCUAGCGAAGGUGACGUCUCUCCUGACGCUGGCUAAUAAUGAUUGUCCGUCUUGUUUCUAGGCCACACAUCCAAGCAUUCUUAAACGGACAGUUAACCAUGGCCCUAACCUUAACCUGCUUAAGCUCAAACCAAAAACACCACCCUUCUGUAGUCCUCGAGUUUCUUUCAUCUGUCGAACACUAAAGAAGAUGUUUUGAAGAAUGUUGGAAAGUGGUAGCCAUUGACUUCCAUUGUAUUUUCUACAAUGGAAGUCAAUGGUUACCUUUCUUUAAAUUAGUUUAAUUUUGUUAAAGAAACUCAUAAAGGUUUGGAAACACUUGA